AUGGAGGAGAGGGAAGGUGAGAGUCCUGGCAUUGAUCAGAACGCAGGCCAGAGCAUCACACCAAGCAGAAACACAGGAAACCUCAGCAGCUGGGCUGCGGACAUCCAAGCCAUCAGUCCACCAGAAGCUCUUGGUGAGUUUGAACUGUCUCCCGCACAGAAGUGGCAGCAGGCUCUGUUCCCCAGGUGGCACUUGCCUCUGAAGAUAGCUGCUGUGCUGUCAGCAGUCACCUUUGUGUACACUGCCCUCAGAGAUGUCCUGUAUCCUUUUCUGAGCAGGAAGGAAAAUGCCUGCUAUAAAAUUCCAAUCCUUGUGGUGAACAAAGUGCUGCCUGUGGUUUCCAUCACCCUUUUGGCACUGGUGUAUUUGCCAGGACUGUUAGCUGCUGCCUUCCAGCUGUACUUUGGCACCAAGUACAAGAGGUUCCCGCAGUGGCUGGACAGAUGGAUGUUCUCAAGGAAGCAGUUUGGACUUCUCAGUUUCCUCCUGGCUGCCAUGCACGCCUGCUACAGCCUGUGCUACCCCAUGAGAAGGUCUUACAGAUACAAGCUGCUGAACUGGGCUUUCCAGCAGGUGAAACAGAAAAAGGAAAAUGCCUGGAUUGAAGAUGAUGUUUGGAGGAUGGAGAUCUAUGUGUCCGUGGGAAUUCUGGGCCUUGCUUUGCUGGCCGUGCUGGCAAUCACAUCAAUCCCAUCUGUCAGUCACUCCCUGACCUGGAGAGAGUUCCACUGCAUCCAGAGCAAGAUGGGAUGUUUAGCUCUGCUCCUGUGCACCCUGCACGCCCUGGUGUUUGCUUGGAACAAGUGGGUUGAUGUUAACCAGUUCAUCUGGUACACACCACCCUCCUUCAUGAUAGCAGUGCUCCUUCCUCUGGUGGUCCUGCUAGGCAAAUGCACAUUGCUUUUGCCAUGCUUUAGGAAGAGGAUCAAACAGAUCAGGUGUGGCUGGGAAGCUGACACACACCCCAAUCAAACUAGCAUCACCUCCAGACUGUAG